GUGCAAUGGCUUGGCAGAAGAAGCUGUGUUCCUACUAUCUGCUGACGGCGUGCCUGACCUGGGUCCUGGCCAAGCCCCCCCCUGACAAGAAGGAUCGUGUCCACCACAGCCCAGACCUCAGUGACCACCCCCAUGAUGACAGCCAAGACUUCCGCUAUGACCACGAAGCCUUCUUGGGCAAAGAGGACGCCAAGACAUUUGACCAGCUAACCCCUGAAGAGAGCAAGGAGCGGCUGGGGAAGAUUGUGGAUCGAAUUGAUCGGAAUGGGGAUGGCUUUGUCACACAACCGGAGCUGAAGGACUGGAUCAAGCACACGCAGAACCGCUACAUCUAUGAGAAUGUGAACAAAAACUGGAAGGACUAUGACAAAGAUAGCAAUGGCCAGAUCACCUGGACUGAGUACAAAAAUGCCACUUACGGUCACUAUGAAGGAGAGGAGUUUGGGGAUCUUGAAGACAAACACUCUUACCGCAAGAUGUUGGCCCGGGAUGAACGGCGGUUCAAGGCAGCUGACAAGAAUGGGGACAUGAGCGCAACGAGGGAGGAGUUCACAGCCUUUCUCCAUCCUGAAGAGUUUGAGUACAUGAAGGAUAUUGUAGUGACGGAAACCAUUGAGGACAUAGACAAGGAUGGGGAUGGCUUUGUACAAGUGGAUGAAUAUCUUGGUGACAUGUACACUCCUGAAUCGGGAGAACCAGAACCUAACUGGGUAAAGACAGAACGUCAACAAUUCUUGGACUUUCGGGACCUCAACAGAGAUGGGAAAAUGGAUCGAGAGGAGAUCGGGCACUGGAUCCUGCCAUCAGAUUAUGACCAUGCUGAAGUGGAGUCGAAGCACCUCCUUGUUCAAUCGGACCAGGAUAAGGAUGACAAAAUAACCAAGCAAGAAAUUUUGGACAAUUGGAACAUGUUUGUGGGCAGCCAGGCCACCAACUAUGGUGAAGACUUGACAAAGGAGCAUGAUGAGCUGUGAUCAGGGCGAGCAGGGUGGACAUCUGAAUGUCCUUCCCUUAAAUGGGGGUGGGGGAAGCAACACACCAGAAGGAAAUUUAUUUAUUGUGUAAGGACCUGCUUGAGCUUUUCUGGAAAGCCAGGAUUGCUGGUGUAUCGGGGAGGUUUACGUUAUGAUCCAUUCCUGCUCAUCUGCACCCUCCUCUCUUACCCAAAGCACUGUGAAGCUUGCUGCACUAGUAAAGAUGUCUCCGCUGCAGGGGAAUUACAGGAAGAGGCAGGUUCAGCACCCCUAACCCCACCCCUUUCCUCACAGGAUCCAAUCUACUCCGCAAGGGCUGGUUUGUGUGUUCAACUGUUAUUUCUAUGCCUUGCAAGGCUCUUAUUCCCUCAAUAGCUCCCCACCUGUCCUUCUAAGGGACAAGCUGUCUGCCUUCAUACUGCUGCCCAAGUUGCUUAACUACCUUUCAAACACUCAGCUGGGCUUCUGUGGGGGACAAGCAACUGAAGCGGACAAGUGGGAAUAGAAAAGAGAUUGGUGGGCUCGGAAUCACCAUCUUCUAUUGCUACUUUUCGUCAGUGUAAAACCACAGGGGCUGUGUGCCAUGUGCUUACAUGCAAAGUGUAGAUGGCUUGUACCUUGAACCAAGUGUUGCUACUCCAGGCUUGUAGUUGCUCUCUGUACCUCUUCCUCUUCAGGAUGGCAGGCUUUCAAAGGAGGAAAUCAUGAUCACGUACCAGCAAUUUUUCAGUGAGACCAAAGAAGAUGCAGAAACGUUCAAGCAUACAGAUUUUCACAAAGAGCUGUGACUUCAUGACUGUAAACACUCUGAAUAAUGAAUAAAACUAACUCCCACCCCCUGAA